AUGUAUGUCAUCGCGUUGACUCGACCUUCUUUUGCUAAGCCGUUGAAAACUCUAGCAGCUAGUCUUGCCGUUACACGCGCGAUGCAUAUCCAAUCGAUACCCAUGUGGACUGGAUCUAGCAACAAUUACGCCUAUCUUGUGAGAGACGACAAGACGAAUGAUGCCGUUAUCAUUGAUCCAGCGAAUCCGCCGGAGGUAGCUCCUGUAGUCAAGGAACAGGUUGAUGCUGGGAAGAUCAACCUGACUGCGAUAGUGAAUACUCAUCACCACUGGGACCAUGCUGGAGGAAACAAGAAGAUGCUCGCUCAAUUCAAAGACCUCCCCGUCAUCGGCGGCAAAGACUGUGAAGCAGUUACUCGGACACCCAAACACGACGAGACCUUCAAGAUCGGUUCCGGAAUCACAGUCAAGGCUUUACAUACGCCAUGCCAUACACAAGACAGCAUUUGCUGGUUCAUGGAAGACGAUUCAGAGAAGGUGGUUUUCACUGGAGAUACAUUGUUUAUCGGAGGGUGCGGAAGAUUCUUCGAGGGUACCCCAGCUGAGAUGCAUACGGCGCUGAACAAGACGCUGUCGGCGCUGCCGAAUGAUACUAAGGUCUAUCCUGGCCACGAAUACACAAAGCAGAACGUCAAGUUCUUGGCUAGCGUGCUGCAAACAGAGCCCGUGAAGAAGCUGCAGACCUUUGCAGAGAACAACGAGCAGACGCAGGGAAAGUUUACGAUUGGGGAUGAGAAGGAAUAUAAUGUGUUCAUGAAAUUAAAUGAUCCAACCGUUCAGAAGGCAACAGGCAAAACAGAUGCUGUCGAUGUCAUGGAGGCGCUUAGGGAGAUGAAGAACAGCAUCAAUCCAGAAAAUCGCGUCAUCAUCUUCGUCAUGAGUGCAACGGAGAACGUCACGAACGACGCCCAAGGGAAUCCAAUCACGACGAAGAGCCAAGUGCUAGAGACAGGGGCGGCAGCCGGACAGAGUUUCGGCCCCAUCAAAGCUAUAUGCGCCCAUCUUCAUGCCUUCCAUGUCUACGCCUCUGACCCUCAACGUUGCGUUGAGGCAAACCACUACUGCUCGCACCUGAAUGAAGACGUCCGCCAAUGCCUCAUCUACGAUACCCCUGCGCCCAACGCCCGUCUUAUUGGCGUCGAAUACAUGAUCUCAGCCACCCUCUAUAAGACCCUGUCACAGUCCGAGCGCAAGCUCUGGCACUCUCACGUCUUCGAGGUCAAAAGCGGUAUGCUGAUCAUGCCGGGGCCGGAAGGAUUGCCAACGGGAAUAUGGGAGGAGGCAGAGACCAAGGAGAUGGAGGAUGUGGUGGGGUUGUAUGGGAAGACGUAUCAUUUCUGGCAGGUGGAUAGAGGGGACAAGUUGCCGUUGGGAGGGCCGGAGUUGAUGAUGAGUUUCACGGGUGAGGGACAGCAGGAGGGGUUGAGUGAGUUGAUUGGGGAGAGGGAUAGCAGGUUCAAGGUCUCGAGCAAGCAAAAGAGGGACAAGAGGGCGUAUAUUGAAGAGCCAGAGGUUCAUGAGGAUGCGGAUCGCGUAUGGAAGGACUCUUCCGCCAGCGAAGACAGCAAACAGCAACCCGCUGGCGCCACCAGCGAUGAGACUUCUCUCCUCAAAGGCACCCACUCACCCACUUAA